GGCAAUAUUCCUACUUUGUUUGCUGAAGCUUUAGGAGAGGCACACCCUCAAGGCAUGAAGGCCGAGGACCAAGAGGAAGAGACAGUUUUCCUGGACCUGAUGAUUUUGUGCCAGAAGAAAAAUUUGACUCGUCAGAGGAAAAUGCAAGGGGAAGAGAUCACAGUGGUCGGGGAAGAGGUCGGGGUACUCCAAGAGGAGGACGAAAAGGUCUACUUCCCACUCCAGAUGAAUUUCCUCAUUUUGAAAGCCGAAUGGAUGGAAAUCGAGAACCAGGUCCCCGCCAAGACCAUCCUUCUCACGAUGGACAUUCUCCUGCAAAUCGAGAACGUUCUUCCUCACUGCAAGGAAUGGAUAUGGCCUCACUACCACCCCGCAAACGUCCUUGGCAUGAUGGACCGGGAACCUCUGACCACAGAGAAAUGGAAAUGCAAGCUGGGCAUCCAGAGGAAAGAGGAAAAGGAAAGCAGAUCAAAUACCUUUAAUUAUGAGGUAUUGUCAGCAGAAAAUCAGAUUUCAAAAGUGAGGUUUAUUGUUCCUAGAGGUUCAGAUGGCAAAAAUAAUAUGUCAGAUGCCCUUGCGAAUGCUGUUUGUGAACGCUGUCGAGCCCGUUUUGAUCCCACUGAACGAAUUUUUGAAGGGAGAAAAUAUUGUGAGCAUGACUUCCAGAUGCUAUUUGCACCAUGCUGUGGGGAAUGUGGUGAAUUCAUCAUUGGCCGAGUCAUCAAAGCAAUGAACAAUAAUUGGCAUCCUGAAUGCUUUUGUUGUGAACUCUGUGAUGUGGUUCUUGCUGAUUUGGGUUUUGUGAAGAACGCUGGCAGGUAA